AUGGCCACGGAAAAACCAGUUUCCAAAGUCAUAUUAACGUCUUCUGACAAUGAAUCGUUUGAGGUGGACCGGGAUGUUAUCAAACUUUCGACAACAAUAGAUACUAUGCUUCAAGACUUGGGCAUGACUGGUGAAAAUGGUGAAGUUGAGCUAGGUGAGGCUGUUCCCUUACAAAAUGUUAAUGGGAAUAUUUUGAAGAAGGUAAUCCAGUGGUGCACUUAUCAUAAGGAUGACCCAGUACCACCUGAAGACUCAGAUCAGAAAGAAAAGCGAACAGAUGAUAUCCCUUCGUGGGACGUUGAGUUUUUGAAGGUCGAUCAGGGGACUCUUUUCGAGCUGAUUCUGGCGGCGAAUUAUUUGGAUAUUAAGGGGCUCUUAGACGUCACCUGUAAGACAGUAGCGAAUAUGAUAAAGGGGAAGUCGCCUGAAGAGAUUCGGAGGACAUUUAAUAUCAAAAAUGAUUUUACCCAGGAAGAAGAGGAGCAGAUACGCAAAGAAAAUGCCUGGUGCGAGGACUAA